AUGCAUUACCUGAUAUUACUGGCAUUUUUUGCCACAGCCCAUGCACGUGCGGUUAACAUCAGCAAUACAUGGGUUCUUCCGGAAGAGGGCUUUCCGGUAUUUUACCGCUACUUCAGGGACCGUAUUUCGUGGUAUGAAGCCGAUGCAGUCUGUCAGUUUCAUCACGCCAAUCUUGUGACGGUUGAUACCACAGCUCAAUACGAUGCUGUACGAGCAUAUCUCAAAGAACUAGACAUUUCUAGUGCGGUGUGGGUUGGACUAAUAAGAAGCAAUCCAGAGGGCGAAUUUACAUGGACUGACUAUCGUGGAUUAAGUAGUGACGGAUAUUGGAGCUCUGCGCCUGAUCCUCGCAUUGCACCUUUAUGCGCUGCUGCAGAUCCAGGCGCAGAUUAUAGAUGGGAGGCCCGCACCUGCGGUGGACCAACCGUUGCUUCCUUCAUAUGCGAAUUGCCAGUACCACAAUGGGCACUUGGCAACGAGGGAUGUAUGGUUCGAGCCCUGCCGGCGUUGACCAUUUUGUACUUGCCUGAAAGUGCUGCUGUUCAGCUUACAGCAGAUUGCGGUCUAGCAGGCGUUAAACGCAUUCAGUGCAUUGGAAAUAUGAAACGUGAAGAUCUUCUUAAAGACCUUUCUUGCACUGAAGAAGUUGAAUUGUCAAGUCCAUCAAAUAAUUUGUCAAUCAAUAAUAAUAAUAAUAUCACUACUGACAUAACCGUUAUAGGUGAUAGUCACGAAACUACAAGCAUCAUCCCAGAAGAAAAACAAAUUAUUAAUAAUGAAGAUGAUGAUAAUCAAUUGGCUAACAUGAUAUCAACACCUUCUCACUUAGAUCAAAUUACACUCAAAUCUGUACAAAUUAAAAUGCCGUCUACAACGCACCAAAUUUUGGGCGAUAAUAACAAUUUAUUAAUGCGUAAAGAUAUUAAUCUCGAUGUAAUGGAAAAUAACAACCUUCAGAGUAAUGAUAUCCCAAACUUAGUCAAUAACAAUAACUUUUUGACCAACUAUAGAAUAGAAAAAAUGGAAGACGAAGAAAAUAUGCAGCAUAAGAAGCUUCACGACGAACUUGCAAGGUUAGGUAAUUUUGAAACUAUAUUCACUCAACCCACUGAUCACUUUGUUCCACCGCUAGUUAUUGCAAAAGCAAAGCUUAGUGAUGAUAUGAAUGUACUGUCUUUUGAAGAAAAACACGCUAAACUUUUAAACACACACAAUUCUUUAAAAAAUUCAAAUGAACAGAAUGGCAUUUUAAGCGUAAAAAAUAAGCUUUUAAUAACUACUGAACAGCCAAAUUUGGCAAGCACCUUCAAUUCAAGUGGAUUAAGUACAGAAAAAGCAGAAAUACGAGGAAAUGAAUUAAAAAAAGAAAAUGCAAAAAAUGCAUUACCAAAAAAAUAUAUUAAUAAAGAUUUUGAUUCCAAUAUUACAAGUAUAUCAAAGGAAAUAACGAAAAAAGAAAAAGUCAAGAUAAAUAAAAAUAUUGAUAACGUUUUAAAUAAGAGUAAUCAAUCAUUUGUUUACACGUAUACUAAUUUGAAUGAAACAUCAAAAUUAGGUACCACAACUGAAAAUUAUUUUGAUGUAAUUCAGAAUGACGAUGUCAUUGAUUUAACAGUUACUUUACGGGAUGUGAAUAGACACAACGAUUCUUAUUCAACAAUACCAAGUAAAAACGAUGAGAUUGAUAUGAAACCAUUAAAUAAUAUAACAGAAUCAGAAUCAUCGAAUAUCGACGUGAAUGUCAAAAACAACUCUCAGUUGACCUCCCAAAAUUCUACAUUUAGUAAAUAUGUCAAUAUUGACGAGGUCGUCUUACAAAAUAAAAUAAUAAAUAGUAGUAUGCGAAACGAGAGUAGCAAUUUUAGUCCCCAGUUAGAUUUUGAUGUUGCAACAAAAACACCUAUUUUUAAAGACGACUUUGUUACUUCUACAGUUUUAAAUAACCCGAUAAAUGCAGAUGCAUACAUUGAAAUUGAGAAAAACAACGUUACAGAUAACACAUAUGUUGAUAUCUCCACUGCAACUACACAGAGCGACAUUAAUUCUAUUACUAUAGUUGAUAUGAGAUUUACUACUUUAAAUUAUUCACUAUCUGUCCCUAUUAGUACCGCGACUAAAGCAGAUUCUACGAAAGCAAGUGAAAGUACAGGAAUGAAUACGGAAUCCUCACCUUAUGUUUAUAUUUUAAACAAGUCUGAUAUUAUUAGUAAAAUGUACCCAGAAUCACGUGCAACUUAUGUUCCAAUUGCAAAUGAUAUUUUUAAUAUCACAGAAGGUAUCGAAGAUACAGUAAACAAUUCAAGUAAUUUGGAAACUAUUGAUGAUUUUCAAUCGCCGUUACUAUCUGGUGCAAGUGAACCUUUGCAACGGCCCAAUAGAUCUAGAAGACCGAAACAAACACUAAACAGAAUUAAUAAAUUUAAUCCAUUUCGUAUAUUAGGAUAA